UAAAACAUACUGCUUGCAACCCAGCCCUGAUAAGACCCAAGCGAAGCAAACGAGGAAAGAACACAACAACAAUGGUCGAACCCAAGAUCCAGCCCGUGGAACGCCCGCCAAAUGCCGACACUGUCCUGCCCCUCAGCCGGGUGCGGACCAUCAUGAAGAGCUCCAUGGACACGGGCUUAAUAACCAACGAAGUGCUCUUCCUGAUGACCAAGUGCACGGAAAUGUUUGUUCGGCAUUUGGCGGGCGAGGCGUAUGCGGAUGCAUUCCGCCAACAACCGGGUGAAUCGCUCAAGUACGAGCACCUUUCCCAGCUGGUCAACAAGAGCAAGAACCUCGAGUUCCUGCUGCAGAUCGUGCCGGAGAAGAUCCGGGUGCACGAGUUCCAGGAGAUGCUUCGGCUAAACCGGUCUGCCGGCAGCGACGACGACGAUUCCGAAUCCGGAUCAGAAUCGGAUGAGUGACUGGACAAAUACAUAACAAUGGACCUGGAACUAGAUGACUUAAACUCCUCCACCGACUGAUUUUAACGCCCCCUAUCUCUUAGUUUAGGCUAGUCGAUAAGUAAAAGAUUGUGUAUAAACCCCUGAUUAAUAAAGAAGCAUAAGAGCAUUGUGUCCUCCAAA